UACAAGCUUAUCGCCUACCUCCAGAUUCUCGUUCCUCCAUUCUUCUCUAUCAAAUUCCCGCCAAAACACAAACCGGGCUGCUCUCUCUAAACCUGGGUCUCUGAGAAUGGCGGCUUCACCGUCUCAGUCCGAUGGCCAAGUCCUUGCUCCUUCGGAAGCUGAAUCUCAGCUUUCGUCUCUCGUCUACGAGAUAUCUCAACAAGUCCAAGGAGCCAUGGAGAACAUGCUUAGGACGAUCAAUGAUAUUGGUCAGAACUCUACUGGGAUAAUGGAAGAAAUAGAAAAGUGCAAAGAUUCUGCUAUUGAUAGAAAGAAAGCCUUGGAAGAAGAGAAGGAACGAUUUCAGAAAGCUGCUUAUACUGUGCUGGACUUGCUCAACAACGGAGACUAGAUGCUGUUGUUAGAAAUAUAUAAACUUCGUGUAGAUGCGUUCGUGUAGAUGGAGUUUCAGAGAUUUCUACUGUGAUAUGUUGCAUCAUCUAAUGAAUACUAUUGAAGCCGUUAUAAAUCUCAGAUAAUAAGUUCCGCGGAUUUGGUUUUGUAGAAAUAUGUUUUUGUAUCAAGUGAGAUUUACUUCUUGGAUGAUCGAUAUACUAUCCUCAUGAUUUUCUACAUGGAUUAUUGUUUUUGAACAUUGAAUAGAACAUCAACUUUUUCUUCCCUUACAUCUCCUUUGAAUCUCUACAAGGUACAA